AUGUCUUCAACGACCUCAAAGUCGACGCCCUACAUGACGGAUAAGCGGGGAACCCAGUUUGCUUCUACAGUUGGCCGUCAGCCCUCCUGGGACAGCGUCCAUGCGCUCACGGACGGCAUGCAAAAUUUAAACGUUCGUGGGAACGCACCUCUGGCCACAAAACCGCGCCGUGGGUCCCACUCCGACUCUUCCAACGAGUCCGCACCAGUAGCGACUCCGGUACCGUCCAAGGAUAUGGGUUCAAAUGGUGUAGACACCUCCAAGGCCCCUGGUUCUCAUUUUAAUGGCGCUUCCUACCAAGGUCAAAAUGUCCCCGCUGGUUACCCGUUCCGUGGAACGAAUCCGCCGGGCGGCAUGGGCAAAUCAGACGAAGUUCUUCAAGUUGACUAUAAUCUCCAACCUCGACAUUUUAUUUCAGGUGUCAUCGCUGCCUCUCCGCCGUCCAAUGCAUCAGCACCAGCUCCACGAGCCACCGGACCUGGAGCGUUCACAUCGCCACCGCCCCAAUCGACGCUGCCAAACAUCCCUUCAGCCGCUCCUGGACUAAACGGUGCGCCUUCUAUGGGUGGCUUUUACGGCCAGGCACUUCCUGGUGCUGGCUACCCUGGAAUGCCUGGUGCUGCAGACAACAAAGCCGCUCAAGAACUCGCAGCUCAAAUCGCUCUUACGAAUGCACUCCAAGGGCUCGGUGCGCCUCUGCCUGGCCAACCUCAGAAUCCUGCAUUGAACCCGGCUGCAUUGGCCGCUGCUGCCGCAGCCUAUGGGAAUCCUCAAAUGUUGCCCAAUCUGUACGGAAACCCUCUGUACGGCGCCACGGGUGGAAACCCUGGUGCACCUCCCUUUUAUCCUGGUCAAGAGAACGUGGCGGCUGCUGUUGCAAACGCCGUCGCGGCUUUGCCUCCUGCUGCAUUCCAUGCUGCCCUUCAGCACGUUGGAUUGGGUGCGUACCCGCUCAACCCGGUUCCCAACCCCAACCAAGGGGGUCCGAGUGCAAACAACAGGAAGUUGGGCCUGUACAAGACCGAGCUUUGCCGUAGCUGGGAAGAAAAGGGAUCCUGUCGGUAUGGUCCCAAGUGCCAAUUCGCUCAUGGAGAAGAAGAGCUCAAGAAGGUUCAACGUCAUCCAAAGUACAAGACUGAGAUUUGCCGUACGUUCUGGCUUUCUGGAUCCUGUCCCUAUGGAAAGAGGUGCUGCUUCAUCCACACGGAGCUUCCCGCUAAUGGCGCCAACGAAGAAAAGAAGGAACCUGUUCCAGAGCCUCGCGACCGGGCCCAGAGUACCAACAGCGACACUGAGCAGCAACAGACAUCGAUGCUUGCUCGUAUCAAGAGGAACGAGGCAUCGAGCCCUUCUCCACCUGCGCCGACUGUCGCGCCAAAGCAAGAUUUGAAUGGGCCUUCCUCCUCUCGCCCAACCCCUGCAGCCCUCCGCGUCGACACCAAGUCUCUCGAGCAAACAGUGCCCAAGAAUUCGUAUCCUUACACAAGCAACCCUGCGAUGCCUGCGCCAGGCCUGUCGCUCGCCACCGAUAUUCGCGCCGGCAAGCUCUCGCCGGUUCCUGCGACGGCUGGCGCCGACUUUGGAAGGCACAACGCGGCUCGCUUGGAGGUUGUUGGUGUUAGCCCUCAGUCUACGCAGACUCAGCGCCCUCCUCAGCCUGGACACCUGAGGUCGGUCUCGCAGACCUUUGCAUCCAGUGCCAUCGAGCCCACCGCGGGUCGCGCUUCGCCUGCUGCGGGCAAUAUCCACACUCGCUCCGAUAGCUGGGGACCCAAUGCCCUCAUCGCACCUGCAUCGGCCAUCGAUCCCCCGGCUAGGUACAAUGACAGAAAGUGGUCUUAA